AUGGUGAAUUUCAUUGACUUUGCCACACUGGCAAGUAUGGCUGCCAUGUGUGUCACUGCCGUCGAAAAUACUGCAAUAUAUCGCUUAGGCGAGCGAAACACCCAGGAUCAGACAGUUUUGCUCUCUCAAAUGGAUUCCAUAUAUAACCUUGCAGAUGAGUUCGAUGUGUCCGAUUUCUAUGACUUGGACAAGUUGGACAACGUUCAAGCAUUAGGCGUUGGAAAACAUAUGGGUUGUGACAGAAAAGAUAGUAACCAAUUGGUGAUUAUAGUAAACGGAGUCGAUGAACCACAAACAUUCUUUGAGCAUAUAAAGCCAGUCAUUUUGGUUGAGGGAAAGGACGAUCAUUCAUCAUAUGAGUUUAGAAGUUUCCUUUCCAGACUUCCAUCUCAGAUGAAAGAACUCAACUCAAAUCUCAAGCUGAGCAAGCUGUCAAGUCACAUCUCCAUACUUGGCCAGAACUUUAACAAGGCGCUUUCUGAAACAUGGUCCAAGGUCUUCGACGACAAGGAACACGAUUCAAUAUCCUUGAUUUGGCGGGAGAUAUCUAGCAAUUACGAGGGCUCACCUUUUUCCAAAAGGUCGCUAGACAUUAGUGACGAAAAAUUCAUUAAUGAGUUGACUCAACUCGAGUUCUUGCUGAAAAAGGAGCUCCUGACAUCAGGCGACAAGAUUAUUGUCAAUCUCCAGUCUUUGACAAACAUUUACAAGAAAAGUGGAGAGCAUUCACAGGCUUACCAAACAUGCAAGAAACUUAUGAGCAAGCUGAUAAUGUCACUGUUGGAAAACAGCGAGAAAUACGAUUCAACGGUUGUAGUUAUGCCAUUGCAACAGCAAACCAUAACUAUGAAGACCAAGGAUGACGCCAAGCAAGGGAUUUCUCUAGCAAAAAGAGACUCUUCCACUGUGUUCGCUACCGGAAAUGGAUGUUUCAGCUCCCAGGAAGAUUGUUUGGAUUCUACAUCGACAUGUUCAGGGCAUGGAUUGUGCUCGAAAGUGGGUAAGUGUUGGAAGUGUGUUUGUUCUGCUACUCAGGACUCAUCAACCGGUAAAACUACCAAAUGGACGGGUAUUUCGUGCCAGAAAAAGGACGUCAGCGCAGAAGCGAACUUGUUCUUGUGGACAACAGUGGUACUUCUUUUCGUAUUUGCUGCCGGUAUUAAACUACUUGUCAGCUGUGGCAAUGAGGAGCUACCUGGAGUGCUAAUUGCUGCUACUGUUCCUACUAAGAAAACGAUGUAA